AUGGUCUCUUAUUGCAUCUUGGCUCUCACUGCCCUUGCAGCAGCCUCUCCAACGGUCUACCUGAUCCGACAUGGCGAAAAGCCCGAUGACGGAGGCGAUGGCCUGAGUGCCCAAGGCAUUCAGCGUGCACAAUGUCUUCGAUCAGUUUUUGGCAACCACUCGGACUAUCAUAUUGGGUAUAUCAUGGCACAAACUCCCAAAGAUAAUGGCAAAAGAGCCCGUCCAUAUGACACCGUGAAACCCCUUGCCCAUGAUCUCGACAUCACUAUCGAUACUUCUUGUGACCGAGACGAUCCUAAAUGUGUCCAAAAGGUCGUCAAGAAAUACAAAGGCAACGGAAACAUUUUGAUUUGCUGGGAGCAUGAUGCGUUGACAGAUAUCGUGAAGAAGCUCGGAGCAAAAGAUGCUCCAUCCUAUCCAGACAACCGUUUUGAUGUGAUUUGGAUUGAUCCAUCGCCCUAUUCCAAGAUCGCGGCGACAACCAGCGAGAAAUGUCCCGGCUUGGACCAUUAG